AAGGUUUUCUUUUCCUGAAUCAAUUCGUGAUCUUCUGUUUUUUUUUCUAGUUUUUAUUUUUUGGAAAUUUCAGUGUAAAAAAAAAAAUUGUUUGGUGCUGUAGUGUGCUGAAAUAAAACAAGAACACCAUGCAUGGAAAAGAGAUUCUUCACAAAAUGAAGGAGUUGAAGGCUGGGCUAUUUUCAUCUGGGGCUGACACAGGGAAAGGGAAAAGCAAAAUGUCAAAGCAUAUCACGCAUGGCUUUCAUUGCAUGAAGGGAAAAUCCAAUCAUGACAUGGAAGAUUAUGUAGUUUCUGAAUUUAAGAAAAAAGAUGAUGGUGAGUUAGGUUUAUUUGCAAUCUUUGAUGGACAUUUGGGCCAUGAUGUUGCAAAGUACUUACAGAACCAUCUGUUUGAUAACAUCUUGAAAGAGCAUGACUUUUGGACCCAAACGGAGGACGCAAUAAGAAGAGCUUAUCACUCAACAGAUGCUGAAAUAUUGGAUAAAACAAGGCUUCUAGGAAGAGGAGGGUCAACAGCUGUGACAGCAAUACUUAUCAAUGGUCAGAAACUGGUAGUAGCAAAUGUAGGAGAUUCUAGGGCAGUAAUAUGCAAGAAUGGUGUGGCAGAACAACUAUCAGUUGAUCAUGAGCCAAGCAAGGAGAAGAGAAUGAUUGAGAGCCGUGGCGGUUUUGUAUCAAACCUUCCAGGGGAUGUUCCACGUGUUGAUGGGCAGCUGGCUGUAGCAAGGGCAUUUGGUGAUAAGAGUUUGAAGUUACACCUUAGCUCAGAACCUGACGUGACAGUGGUCGCAAUUGGUGAUGAUGUAGAGUUCAUUAUUCUGGCCAGUGAUGGGAUAUGGAAGGUAAUGUCAAACCAAGAAGCAGUGGACACUAUCAAAAACAUAAAGGAUGCUCAAUCAGCAGCAAAGCUCUUGAUAGAGGCAGCAGUUUCUAAGAAGAGCAAAGAUGACAUCUCUUGCAUUGUUGUAAGGUUCCAAUGAGAUUUCUUUGGAUAAGUACCAUACUUCUCCCUAAUUAAAUGGAGAAAAUUAAUAGCUGAAUAUGUGUAUACCAUGCAAAGUUUUUUGCCCUCUAUAUAGUCUUGGUGAUUGUUUAAGUCUGCUAUAAAACUGUUGCAUGUAAAAUUAACCGAAGAUUUUUGAAAUGAUUCCUUAAAUUGCCUGAA